AUGUCCAGUUGUCCACUAACCUCUGUUGGAAGAACUUUUGAUACAAUAAGCUCUACGAUCUCAUCUGGAAGUUGUGGAAGAUCUUCAUCUGUCGCUGGAAUUCUCAGAACUGGAAGACGUGCACAACGACAUCGAUUACGUGACAUUCUGAAGGCAGUGGUCAAUUGGUCUGAUGAAGAAAAAAAAGAAGAGAAUGAUAAAAAGAAAGGAGCCGAUUGA